UUAGCUGCCUUGGACACUGGGAGGUGCAGCUUUGCAUCUACCUUUCCUCAGCUGACCAGAUUUGAAACUGUCAGGGUUUGAAGUGUGAAGUCAAAGACAAAAUAUACCUCAAGAGAGACUGCGCUUUCCCCUCGCUCACAUCCGCUGCGGCAGUAAGAAGAGAAGCGAGUUGCUGAGGAGAAGCUCAUGUGUUUCAGCAGAGCAGAUCUUGUAGCUCGAAGAAACCGGGCCGCCUCUUGGCCCUGAUGCCCUUUUUCAGGUAUUUAAUCCAACAAGGAGGUAGCAGAGAAGAACUAAAAAGAUCUUUGGAAAUGCUGUGGAUAUCAUCUCUACUAGCUCCAGCUCUCCUUCUUCUCCUGUGCUGCCCAGGCCUCCACGGUGAAGAAAAUGAACUCCUUGAACAUUCACCAGACUUUAUCAGUGCUUGGGAAGGAGAUUCUAUCAGCAUAACUUGCUCUAUGAAAAAAUCAGAAAGUGAAGAAGGGACGUAUUUGAGGACUAGUAUUCAGAAAACCAAUGUGGUAUAUCUUUCCAAGCACAAUACUUCAUUUAUCCUUCCUGCUUUAGCUGAUCGUAUCUACUUUUCAAAUGAAGGAACAAAAUUGAGAAUAACUUUUAAAAAUGUACUGGAAAGCGAUGCCAAUAUCUACCUUUGCACCAAUAUAAUUAAAGAAAGCAAUUACAUAAUGUUGGAUGGGAAGAGAACCGUGGUAGUGGUGAGAGCUAAAGAUAAUGGAGUUGUUGAACAGUCACCACCUUCACUCAGUGUUGAGCAAGGCGAGUCCAUCACCAUUAACUGUUCACUGAAGAGCUCCCAUGAAGAAGACGGGAUCUUCUUGCUCAAGACUCACAUGAAACCUGAAAGAGUGUUAUAUGUUUCAAGGCAGAAUGCUUCAACAAUCUCUACCACCUUUGCAAAUCGCUUAGAGUACUCGAAGGAAGAGGAGACAUUAGUGGUAACUCUGCACAACCUGCAAAAAAAUGACAGUGACAUAUAUGUGUGUGUAGGAGUGGUGAAAAAUUCCAUUGCCCUCUCACUGAAUGGAAGUGGCACCAUGGUGCUCGUUAAAGAAGUGGAGCAGAGAGGGUGCCGCCAUAGUUCCUGGAUCUUCUGUGGUCUCACUGCUGUGGUGGUGAUGCUGCUUUCUGCGCUGAUAUGCUUCGUCCUCUACCGUUUCAAUAUAAAGAAAUGUUUCCAGAAAAGAAAACCAAAUGUGGUAUAUGAAGAUAUGUCAUAUAGUUCUAGACGAAGCACUUUGGUCAGAACUAACACUUACAGCGGUAGCAAUUAACCACCCGCUAGCUGGAACCGUACAUGGAUCAACAGUUCCUUUCCAGACCUCUUAGC